CUCAAAAAAACUACAGAAAGCAUACAUCAGCUCUUUGCUUUUACAGAAGAAGAGCCUAAAAUCCAGAAACUCUACAUUUUCAUCUUAUCAAUGGAAACUUUUAACCUACUCAAAUUCUGGCGAAGUUCCGGCACUGAUACUUCAACUUGCCGGGAUAUUGUCUCUGAAAUUGAUGAAUUAGACUACCUACGUAACCCAGCCAUUGAAACUGAUGAAGAAACUGACGACGAUGCGGAUUCCUUCUUUGAUUUGGUUUUCACUGGCCCUGAUGAACGCCCAAAAUUGGACAACAACUCCAAAUCCGUUUCUGUUAACACUCCCCGUGAACCGGAAUCCCCGAGAGAUGUAUUUUUCAAACCAAUAGCUUUUCCAAUUGACUCUAUCUCGAAGCCUCAAUCUCCGAUUUCUAUACUCAAAUCGGCCCCUAAAUUUCGGGUCUUCUUUUUGGGCUUAAGGAAAACAAAGCUGGAGAAGGUAGGCAUUGACAAUUCUUCUCCGUCCGGUACGAAGUUUCAAACACAGAAACUGGAUCUCAAGCGCUUUCCGGUGAAAUGCAAUGUGGAAGAGGUUCCCGUUCCUGUGACCCCUGUAUUUACCAGAGACAACAGUUUAAGAAGCAAAUUGCAGAACGAGAAAGAGGAGGAGCUUUCCGUUGACGAAUCGUUGAAGAAAUUUGUAAGAGCUGAUGUGCCUAAGUACUUAAAAUUGAUGAAGCCAUUGUAUGCCAGAGCUUCAAAAAGGUACACAGACAAAAUCAGUGUAUCACCGUUGUCGUCUCCAUCGGCACAAUCAAUGUGCUCACCCAGAAAAACAUCAGAGGUGAAACGAGUUGCUUCAUUCGGAUCUGUACGCAAGCACUUAGGGAAAAGUCGAUCGGCGGCAUCCACCUUUGCCGCCGGAGCUUCCUCGUCGCCGUUAAAUCGCCGUGACAAUUCACUUCUACAAGAGCAAAAUGACGGAAUCCAAGGCGCUAUAUUACAUUGCAAGAGAUGUUACAGCUCACUAGCAAAAAGUAGCGAAAAUCUGGCUAGAGCCUCUUCUUCUUCUGUGGAGCUGAACAGAUGGAGCAUAUGAAAAAAAAAAUCAUCAAUACUAUUUUGAAACUGAAUAGUUAGCGGGAAUAGGAAAACAGAGACGUUUGUUCUAUUUCCCGUUUUGGUGCUAUUAUUAUUAUUAU